UGAUCCUAUUUUAGUAGAGAUUGGAAUAGGUCCAGCUCAAAUUGAUAGAUUUAAGGAGCUUCCUAAUCCAAGAGAUAAUGAGGUUGUUCAGGGAGCUGGGAGGAGAAAACAACCAGUUUAUGGACACCAGAACAAUACAAUAUCUCUUCAUUGUAAUUAUAGGAGCAGAGUACCAGCCAAUACUCAAUGGCUUUGGGUGUUUCUUAAUGGUACUCAAGUACCAGUGGAUACAAAUGAUUCAGCAAUCAACGUCACAGAUGAUGGAAUGAACUCAAUCCUGACCAUAUUUCCUUUUAGUCAACAUUUUGCUGGCACUUAUCGCUGUAACGCAUCAAAUGAAGCUGGAAGUGAUACUGGCGAUGUUAUUAUUGAAUUUAGAUCUCUUAUAAUUGAGGAAAAAUCAUGGCUGGCAUCUCCAUGGAGUCAAUGUAUUCCUGAUUGCCAUCGAGGUAUAAGAAACAGAACAGUUGUUUGCAUGACUGUCUCUACUCGUAUGAUAAUGGAUGGUUGUAGUCCUCCUCCACCUUCAAGUGAAGAAACUUGCCAUGAAAGAGGACCAUGCACACACUGGGUAGCUGAAUCUUGGUCAAUGUGUUCAAAGUCUUGUGGGGUUGGUUAUCAAGUUCGUAGAGUCAAUUGUCAAGCAACAUAUGACAGUAAUAUCACAUUAAGUGAUUUGGAGUGUUUGACAGCACGCCCUCCUGUCUUCAGAUAUUGCAAUAUUCAUAACUGCCCAUGCAGUGAACCAAAAUUUUGCAAGCUAAUUGUUGGAGCUGAAUUGUGUUGGAGACUUGAGUAUCAAAGAAUUUGCUGUUACACUUGUCAACAUACCCUGUAAUAAAGAAUAAUUUUAGAAUAAAAAAUUUAACAAUUUGUGCUGUUAAUUGUUAAUAAAAUUAUGCUGUAGAUCUACUUGUAGUGUAAUGUACCUUUAAUGUGCAUUGUUUAUAAUAACUGUGUUAGCAUCAUGAUUUUCUCUAUGAGUAAAUUUAUUGAAAUCUUCCUUAUCAGUUAAAACUGAUGAAAAA